CACUAUUCCACUUAGAAGAAUAAGAAAACACUGGUGAAUUUCACAACAAUCUUUUGGCUUCACAGAGUUGAUUUUGUUUACAAAAUAUUAUUCAUUCAAAAUGUGUGGCAGAACAUGUUUAACUCUUGGUCCUGAUGAGGUAAAGCACGCUUGUCAGUAUAAAUCGAGUAAGGAUGAAAAGCAAAAGACGCCGGAAUUUCGUCAAGAAUUCAAUUGUGGAAAAAGUUAUCAACCAUCCACAAAUAUUUGUCCAACUGAUGUGACACCCGUUCUAAUUUCAUCAAAUCAUGUUUCGGAAGAGCCUACCGAUAGCUCUGACAGAGUUCUCGUGCCGAUGAUGUGGGGAAUGAUUCCAUUUUGGCACACUGGUGACUACAAGAACCAUAAACUGACCACCAACAAUUGUCGACUGGAAACCAUGACAACAUCCAAAAUGUACAAACGAUCAUUCGAAAAGGGUCAACGCUGCGUCGUCGUCUGCGAAGGAUUUUAUGAAUGGCAAACCACCAAGGAACUGAAAUCGUCAGAGAGACCAGCUUACUACUUUUACAUGCCGCAAAAUGCAUCGGUUGAGAUUACGGAUGCUAAAACAUUUAAUGAUGGCAAGGAUGUUAACUUACUGAAGAUGGCUGGAUUGUUUGAUGUUUGGACGGAUAAAAACGGUGACGACAUGUACAGUUACACAGUCAUAACAUUUGAAUCGGACGAUAAAUUCUCGUGGCUACAUCAUCGCAGUCCAGCUAUUUUAGAGACCGAGGAACAAUUGGCUGAUUGGUUAGACUACAAGCGCGUACCAAUGGACGAUGCAAUGAAAUGCCUACGUCCGGCUACUUCAUUAAAGUGGCAUCAAGUUUCGAACAUUGUAAAUAACUCCCGAAAUAAGUCGGACGAAUGCAACAAGCCCAUUAAAGCUGGCAAGCGAAAAAUUUCCAAUCCAUUGAUGGACAAUUGGCUGAUCAAGAAGAAAAAAUCCGAAUAACUUUUCAUACCAACUGUUUCUAUUAUACUGUUUUGUUGUAAAUUAAAUCUCAGUACGAGCAUCAA